CACUACUUGGCAAGAAAUUUUUAUAAUUUAAGGUUUCUUGCUCUAUUUGUUGCAUUUGCCAUCAACUUUAUUCUUCUGUUUUACAAGGUGACAGAAGAGCCACUUGAUGAAUUUUUUGUUUUAGAAGAAAGUACAGGUUACAUGGCACCUGCUCUCAGAGCAUUGGCAGUUAUUCAUACUAUCAUCUCCUUUGUCUGUGUGAUUGGAUACUAUUGCUUAAAGGUCCCUCUGGUUGUAUUCAAGAGAGAAAAGGAGGUAGCUAGAAAGCUGGAAUUUGACGGACUGUACAUAACUGAACAGCCAUCUGAGGAUGAUAUUAAAGGACAGUGGGAUCGCCUGGUUAUAAAUACUCCGUCCUUCCCUAACAAUUACUGGGACAAAUUUGUAAAACGGAAGGUCAUUAACAAGUACGGAGACUUAUAUGGAGCAGAGCGCAUAGCAGAACUUUUGGGCCUGGACAAAAGUGCCCUUGAUUUCAGUCCAGUGGAAGAGGGCGUACAAGAAGAGGCAUCUCUUGUAUCAUGGUUAAGCUCCAUUGAUACAAAGUACCAUAUUUGGAAGCUCGGAGUUGUUUUCACUGAUAAUUCAUUUUUAUACUUAGCUUGGUACACGACUAUGUCUAUCCUUGGGCACUACAACAACUUCUUCUUUGCUGCUCAUCUCCUGGAUAUUGCUAUGGGUUUCAAGACAUUGCGAACCAUUUUGUCUUCAGUCACUCACAAUGGAAAACAGCUUGUGCUUACUGUGGGACUCCUCGCUGUAGUAGUGUAUCUUUACACUGUUGUGGCAUUCAACUUCUUCCGCAAAUUCUACAACAAAAGUGAAGACGAAGAUGAACCAGACAUGAAAUGUGAUGACAUGAUGACGUGUUACCUGUUCCACAUGUAUGUGGGUGUAAGAGCUGGUGGUGGCAUUGGAGAUGAAAUUGAGGAUCCAGCUGGAGACCCUUAUGAAAUGUAUCGAAUUGUCUUUGACAUCACAUUUUUCUUCUUUGUCAUUGUCAUCCUACUGGCCAUUAUUCAAGGUCUGAUUAUUGAUGCUUUUGGUGAAUUAAGAGACCAGCAAGAACAAGUGAGGGAAGAUAUGGAGACCAAAUGUUUCAUUUGUGGAAUCGGCAAUGACUAUUUUGACACAACUCCACACGGCUUUGAAACACAUACUUUGCAAGAACACAACUUGGCAAACUAUCUGUUCUUUUUAAUGUAUCUCAUUAACAAGGAUGAAACUGAGCAUACUGGCCAGGAGUCAUUUGUGUGGAAGAUGUACCAAGAAAGAUGUUGGGAUUUUUUCCCAGCAGGGGACUGCUUCCGGAAACAGUAUGAGGAUCAACUUGGCUAA